AGCAGCCAAUCAGCGACGUCGUUUCAUGGCAGGUACCCGGAUGUACCCGUCAGGCAACCCGCUACGUCAUUGUUCACCGCCGGACACCCGCUGGAAAUACGGAAUGGAUUUAAAAUUGGUAUUAACGGAUUUAUAACGCAUUUCAGCUAUGAACAAUGACCAUAGUUGACAGAUCUUCAGAGAAGUCUGACCACGAGUCAGUGGGAUUUAACCGAUCCUCCUUCACAAGUGGUGACGUGGGCAUGGAUGGCAGUUGUUCCAGCAGCUGGCCAGUGGGUCCCACCAUGCCAAGUGACUCUCCAAGGAUCAAGUCUCCAGGAGGGUGUUUGGGUCCAACCCCCUGCGCUGCUGUCCAGAACAGUACACUGUCCUCUAUCGACCGGUCCAAGGACCAAGUUAUUAGCAGUGGCGAUGGAAUUGAGUUGCCCCAGAAGGUCCUAUUUUCUCCAGAGCGGCUCAGCCUAAAGUGGAACCAGGUUCACCGCAUCGGAGCUGGCCUGCAAAAUAUGGGGAACACCUGUUUUCUCAACUCAGCUCUGCAGUGUCUCACUUACACCCCUCCAUUAGCUAAUUACAUGCUGACACGGGAACACUCCAAAACAUGUCAUGAGCCAGGCUUCUGUAUGAUGUGCACCAUGCAAAACCACAUCAUUCAGGUUUUUGCCAACUCUGGGAAUGUCAUUAAACCCAUUGGUGUCCUCAAUGAGCUCAAAAGGAUUGCAAAGCACUUUCGCUAUGGAAGCCAGGAGGAUGCGCAUGAGUUCCUGCGGUACACUGUGGAUGCUAUGCAAAAGUCCUGCUUACCUGGAACCAAAUUGGACAGGCAAACGCAGGCAACAACUUUCAUUCAUCAAGUAUUUGGCGGGUACCUAAGGUCCAGAGUGAAAUGUUUAAACUGCAAAGCAGUUUCAGACACAUUUGACCCUUUUCUGGAUAUUACUCUUGAAAUUAAGAUGACGCCCAGUGUUUCCAAGGCUCUGGAGCAGUUUGUCAAGCCUGAACAACUGGAUGGUGAAAACGCCUACAAAUGCACCAAGUGCAAAAAAAUGGUCACAGCCUCAAAGAGAUUCACAAUCCACCGCAGCCCCAAUGUGCUCACUCUGUCACUCAAACGAUUUGCAAACUUUACUGGAGGAAAACUUACAAAGGAUGUGAAGUAUCCAGAGUACCUCGACCUGCAACCUUUCAUGUCUCAGUCACAAGGGGAAUCCCAAAUCUACGGGCUGUAUGCUGUACUAGUUCACUCUGGGUUCAGCUGUCAUGCUGGACACUACUUCUGCUAUAUUAAGGCCAGCAAUGGUCAGUGGUAUCAGAUGAACGACUCUUCUGUGUCUGUGAGCGAUAUCCGGUCUGUCCUCAAUCAACAGGCGUAUGUUCUUUUCUACACCAAAUCCUAUGAUAUGAAAAAAGCUGGCGACUACAACAACCUGAGCCAUAGCCCAGGCCUCUCGGGUCAGUCAUCUCCACGGCCAGUUGUGACACCACGCAUUAACAACGCUGUCCACCACAACAACAUUGGUUUCAUCGGUCCCCAAUUGCCACCACACAUGGCCAAGAACACUGUCCAUAUUAACGGGAAUGGAACUCUUAGGGAUUAUCCCACCAGCUCUAAGAGCAGCACCAGCAGUGCAUUAGGAAAACCUGGCCACGUACCGACUCCCUCCUCCAUUUCACACGCAGUCAGCCGACCUACAAUGAUACCAGACCAAGACAAAAGACAAAAGCUUUCAUUUUUCAUUGGACAAGGCAAACAAAACCGACCAUCCUCUUCAUCUUCUUACAGCCAGCCCUCCUCUGCUAGCAGCUCCUCCUCUGCUAACAGCUCCUCCUCUGCUAGCAGCUCCUCCUCCAGCUCUUUAUCCUCCUCACAGUCUACCUCAGACGUCCAGUCGGACAUCCGAUUUGUUCCACGUCAAUUUAACCAUGUUAACGGCAAGUCUAGCAGUAAUGGCGAAUACCCCGCUGGCGGAAAUGGAGCGUCUUUCUUGGUGCCGUACAGCCAAGAGUCUUCAGAAGAAUCUGAUCAGGAGACUUGCAGCACCAUGGAUAAUGGGUGCUUAUCCAAGUCUCAGACUAAAGAAAGUAACAUCGUAGGAGAUGAAUGUGCUGCUUCUCCUAAAACCACCAAUGGAGAGUCAGGAGUGCACCAUAAUGGCAAUGAUUUAAAUGGAGCAACCUGCGGAGUCUCUAAAUCCAACCAGAAUGGACAGUAUUAUGGACACCACAAAGUGAAUGGACACAGCACCCCUGAGAAGAUCCCUGGAAGCAAUAAUGGGAGUUCGUCGUCUGUGACAGUUGUUCCUAAUGGAUUAGGCAGAGACCACAGUCAACCAAACAAACAGAUACACAGUCCUGCCUCAUCCCAGCCCGGUUCUUUUCAGAACGUUCUUCCUGCUGCUACUGAGAGCCACUGCUUCCCGAUUUCUGACAUAAGGGCUAAAACAGUCUCUGAACCCCUGCCUCACCAUGCACCAUCGUCUGCUGUUGGCUCUCCAGCUUUAGCUACUACAAAGACCCAUUCUGCUGCAUCCAAUGAAGUGGCAUCGCCUGGACAUCAUGGCAGUUUUGCUCCCUUAUCCUCGCAGCCAGAUUGCUCUCAAAGUAUCAAUGGGAUGUCUGGUGCUCCAGCGACGGUUAGCAAGAGUGACGAUGAGGCCAAGGAAUCCCUGCUGACCAAAUGUUUAUCAGCAGGGACUGAAGAGGAAACAGCAAAUAAGGAGCAGUGCCAGUCCAAGCCUAUUUCCAAAGGCAAUGAAAGGCAAUCUUCCCGAGACAGGGAGAGGGACAGACUGAACUCUGAUUACAGCAGAAACAGAGAGAGCCACUACAGGGACAGGAGUAAGGUGCGAGAGGGUGAUGGCGAUCGUCAUUGGUACAGAAGAGAUUACCGAGAUCACCAUCACUCAUACAAGGAACGUAACUACCGGGAGUGGGAGCCUGAGCGGCGCUGGCAGCGAACUGUUCACCACUCUAGGGAUCGUGACCGUUCUUCACGACGGUCUUACAAUUAUAGCCACUACCACCAACGCUCCGAUGUGGACUAUGAGCGGAGGGGAUACAACUACUCUCAUCAUGAGGAGCCUCAAAGCCAUUGGAGGUGGCAGCAGGACAGUCGAGAAUCACGGGGGAUGAAGGACAAGAGGUACACUUGGGAUAGGGACUAUUACUACUCAAAAGAGAGGAGUUCUUCCCCGGAAAAAUCCAAGUCUAAGGGAUCUCCCCCACAGGCUUCCCUAUCCAGUUAUGACAUGGCUCCGAAAAGGGAAGAUCAGAGGACUGCUGAUAGUCUGAGAAACGAGAGAGAUUACAGCUCUGAAGAACACUGCUCCAAAAAACACAAGAAAAGCAAGAAAAAGAAGUCCAAAGAUAAAGAGAGGCACCACAAAAGUGGAAGCUCGGAUGUAGAUUCAGACACAGCCUUUGAAACAAGGAAGAAGAAAAAGAAGAAGAGGAGGCACCGGGACAGCGACUCUCAGCAAGAAAUCUCGGAUGCUGCACGGAGCCACAAGAACAGAAGCAGUGACGAGAGGGAGAGUCGUAAACGGCGUUACUCUGACAUCAGAGACUCUAAACAUGCUAAUGGCUUUUCACCGGAAAAACGUCACUGCUCAGACUAUGCCGACGCCAGCAGGGAGCAUCUAGCCCCCUCACGUCACACCCCACCAUCAAAUGGUUCAGCUCACCCCCAUCUCAAUGGACACACAGGAAAUGGAUACAGUCGAACUAACUCUCAUGGCCUGAAACACUGAGUCUACCUUCCAGACCCACCUACAUCUUUUUGACAACAGCAGAGGAAUGAUAUGAUAGAUGACUUCAAGUGGUGCUUUCUUCAAAAGUGUUUCAAACAUGUUUUUUUUUUCUUUUUUUAAAUUAGUGAUUUAUUUUUAACAAAUCUCAUAACAAUGGUUAAGAAAAACUGUUACUCGUUGAACAGUUAUGAAAAAUAUUAAUAUAUACUUCUUUGAAUACAAACAAAGCCUGGAGCUGAAACAUUUCAACUGCUGCUCAGUGGAACUCAGGACUUGAAAACGUGUGAACAUCAGUCAGCCGGUUAUCCAUUUGCUUCAAACGCAAUGAAACAAAAGGGAGAAAAUGUUGCCUGAUGAGAAGGAUUGAAAGGCAUUGUGUCGAUUGAAAGUUUAAGAUGUCACCAUAUCUACAGAGCUGCAGUGUUUGUGUGUGUUUUUGUUUUGUUUUGUUGGUCUUUGAUCCCACUAGGUGCGGUCAAACUGACAGGAGAGAUAUUUAUGAAUGAGGCAGAUGACUACAGUUGUGGGAACAAGGCUUCACUGACUGAUACCUCCAUGUUAACCCUGGACAGACUUGACAACAUUUCUCCCCUUUUUUACUGUUUUGUUUUUUUUCCCUA